ACUUCAUUAUUUAUUGCUUAGGAUUUUUUCUUGCAUUUAUUUUGUUUGUAUUAUUUUUAACCAUGUUUAAUAAAAAAAAAGAGGAAAUUACGGGGAAAGGUUACCUCCCCUUUCUCUUAUUUUGCCCGCCCAGAUUAUUUGUCCCGACCGCCCAUGAGAAAAGGAGUUACGAACGUGUACACAUAGUUCGUUCCUUGAGAGACACCGUGGCUUGCAAACGAGCGAAUCAUCGCAGUUGCUCAGUGUUUGGAUGUACAAAACCUCGAAAAAGCCAGCUCAUCAAGUGCUUACAUUCAGCAGCUUCUCUCAAGGCGGGAUGUUGCCUGCCAGACAGAGCACAUGGAAACGCGUAUUAGUAGGCACACAGCUAUCCUUAAAGACUUUGCAGACCCAUUUUAAAAGUGAAGAAGACUGCGAUGCCUUUGGAGACCGUAGCACUCAGCGUGGCACCACCUCAAAGAUUCUGGCGGUGGUCGCCCCUGGCUCCUCCCACUUGUCCAGUCACAUCGAGAAACUGGUGCAGCAGACCCCAGACACCAUUUCAAUCAAGGUUGAAGAGGAUAUUGGUGGAGGAUUGCCUGCCGUAGAAGACUGCGAUGCCUUUGGAGACCGUAGCACUCAGCGCAACGCCACCUCAGAGAUUCUUGGUGUGGACGCACCUGGCUCCUCCCACAUGUCCAGUCACAGUGAGGAACUGAAGAUUCUGAGCGUCUACGGAAAAGGGGAGGGCCCACUGGCGGAGGACGGCCAUGACACCCUCUUCACCGCGUUAGAAGUGGAGGCCCUGAACUCGCUGUCUGCCGACCACAGCGUGGCCAAGAGCCUGGAGCGCGGCGAGCAGCUGGUCUGCCGCAAGGAGCUGAGUGUGCAGCAGCAGACCCCAGACACCAUUUCAAUCAAGGUUGAAGAGGAUAUUGGUGGAGGCUUGUCCACCGUGGAAGACUGCGAUGCCUUUGGAGACCCUAGCAUCCAGCGCAACGCCACCUCAGAGAUUCUGGAUGUGGACACCCCUGGCUCCUCCCACAUGUCCAGUCGUAGCGAGGAACUGCUGCAGCAGACCCCAGACACCAUUUCAAUCAAGAUUGAAGAGGAUAUUGGUCGAGGCAUGCCCGCCGUAGAAGACGGCAAUGACAUCAGAGACUGCAGCACACAGCGCGGCGCCACCUCGGAGAGUCUGCGUGUGGACGCCCCUGGCUCCUCCCACAUGUCAAGUCACAGCGGGGAGCUGCGCAUCCUGAGCGUCUACGGACAAGGGGAGGGCCCACUGGCGGUGGACGGCCAUGACACCCUCUUUGCCGUGUCAGAACUGGAGGGCUUGAGCUCGCUGUCCGCAGACCACAGCGUGGCCAAGAGCCUGAACUGCAGCGUGAGGCUUGUCCGCCUUGAGGAGCUGACUGGGCAUCAGGGCGGCCGCAAGGGCCGGCCCGGUGUCUUGUGUGGAAAGGUUAUUCCCAACAAUGCCAAUAUGAUCAUCCACAUGAGGACCCAAAACGACGAGAAGCCGUACUGUUGCUACCAAUGCAUGAAGCGCUUCAGUCGGAAAGGCGUCCUGAACCGCCACAUGAUGACUCACGAAGGGGUGAAGCCCUACAAGUGUGACCAAUGCAUGAAGUGCUUUGGAGAGAGCUCCAAGCUGAAGAUCCACAUGAGGACUCACACUGGCGAGAAGCCUUACAAGUGUGACCAAUGCACGAAGUCUUUCUCUCACAAAGACUACCUGAAUAUCCACAUGAGAACUCACUCCGGUGAGAAGCCCUACAAGUGUGACCAAUGCAUGAAGUGCUUCAGUCAUGGCUCCACCUUGAACUUCCACAUGUCGACUCACUCCGGGGAGAAGCCCUAUAGGUGUGACCAAUGCCCUAAGUGCUUCAGUCAUGGCCGCAGCCUGAAGUUCCACAUGUUGACUCACUCGGAGGAGAAGCCCUACAGGUGUGACCAAUGCCCGAAGUGCUUCUGUCAUGGCCGAAGCCUGAAGUUCCACAUGUUGACUCACUCUGGGGAGAAGCCCUACAGGUGUGACCAAUGCACGAAGUGUUUCAUUCAAAGCUCCGCCCUGAAGUCCCACAUGAGGAGUCACACCGGCGAGAAGCCCUACAAGUGUGACCAAUGCACGAAGUACUUCCUUCAUACCUCCGCCCGGAACCGCCACAUGUCGACUCACAACGGGGAGAAGCCCUACAAGUGUGACCAAUGCAUGAAGUGCUUCAGUCAGAAAGGCCACCUGAAGAGCCACAUGAUGACUCACUCUGGGGUGACCUACAGGUGUGACCAAUGCACGAAGCGGUUCAGUCUGACAAGAUACCUGAAGCUCCACAUGAGAACUCACUCCGGCGAGAAGCCCUACAGGUGUGACCAAUGCAUGAAGUGCUUCCAUCUUGGCUCCUCCCUGAAGUCCCACAUGUCGACUCGCACCGGGGAGAAGCCCUACAGGUGUGACCAAUGCAUGAAGUGCUUCAGUCAGAAAGGCACCCUGAAGCACCACAUGAUGACUCACUCUGGGGAGAAGCCCUACAGGUGUGACCAAUGCAUGAAGUGCUUCGGUCAGAAAGGCACCCUGAAGACACACAUGAUGACUCACUCUGGGGAGAAGCCCUACAAGUAGGGCUGGGCGAUAUACAGGUUUUAAAAUUAUACCGGUAUAUUUUUGAAAGCGAUAUGUAGUUGAGACAAUACCGCCAUACCGGUAUAUUAUAUAUUAUUUUGAUGUUGCCUUGCGAGCGCUAUUUUAUAAAGCUGACCGCUGCUCUCUGAGCCUACAAACCAUGUUCAGCUGCUCAAUCCCUCCCCUUAUAUGUACGUAGCGUUCUCCCACCCAUUGGCGUUUCACAUCAAACAAAACGUUUCUCGUGAGCACGAGAAAGUAUCUGGUGCGCACGAGAAAGUAUCUCGUUCGCACGAGAAAGUAUCUGGUGCGCAUGUGUGUGUGUGUGUGUGUCUGUGGUCAGCGUGUGAGUGCAGUGGACGAGCGAGCGGUAGCGUGCAUGUACGUUUAGUGAAGUAAUGAUCAAGUCCGGUUGUGUGUAAAAGAAUAAAGCUCCCGGCAAGAAUCGGUGGCCGAUUCAUUCCGACCUAUAAGCAGACCCACUGCUGGUCAAAGUGAAGGGUGUGUUGCCCCUGAGAGAGCAUCGGCCCUGGUGGGAACCUGUCUGAGAGCCGACAGCAGAAAGUUGUAACACUAACCAUCUCGUAGUCAGAGGCGGAGCGCAAGAAAGUAGUACGUGCUCCAAAAGUGCAAGAUAAAAAAUAAAACACAUUAAUUUGAAUGAUUUUAGCUUGCGUGUGAUUUUUCGCGGGCACAGGCACGCACAAGCUAAAAUCAUUCAUAUUAUAGAAGAGGCUGUCAAGGAAAACAGGAUUUUUUUUGUCUCCGAUGACGUCUAUGGUAUCACUCUGCAAAUAGUCCGGUAACUUGUCAACUCCAGCGUCUUCGGUUGUUAUGCGACGUCAACGUCUUCGGCGGACAAUUUCUCUGCUGAUCAACACUACGAAUGCUGGUUACAAAUAAAUUGUAAAAAGAUACACCAUGAAGUUAUUUUUUCGUUUAGGCAAGUAACCGUGUAAUAAGCGGGAUAAUGUAUAGAACGUCGUCGGUCAUUAUUGAAAAUAAGCCCCUUCAGGUCGGUGUCCUGUUCGCCCAGUCGGGGCUUAUUUUCCCGAUAAUGACCGGCGUUCUUUACAUUAUCCCUUACGUAUCUGUUGUUAAAGCACAGCUGUGCUUUGCUGAGCAAAAAAAAGAAAAAAACACUAAAUAAAUGGUUGAUAGUGGCGCAGAGUUAAUACUACACACUUUACCUGUUUUGUUCAAAAUAUCGUUAUAAUAUCGUAUAUCGCCAUUCGAACCGAAAAUAUCGAGAUGUGUUUUGGUCCAUAUCGCCCAGCCCUACCUACAGGUGUGACCAAUGCAUGAAGCGCUUCUGUCAUGGCCACGCCCUGAAGAUCCACCUGAGGACUCACUCUGGGGAGAAGCCCUGCGUGUGUCUGCAGUGCAACGCCAGCUACAGCGACCCAAGCAGUUUGUCUCAAGCACACUUUGGCACGGGGUAACGGGACGCUUUGAUUUAGACCUCUGUCUGGUAUUGGUUUAAAUGACUGCUUUUUGUUUUUCUUUUCAUCACGAUUAAACGCUUUCAACUUUUGAUUCGCUUUCUGAUUUUAUUAAUAAUUGGUGUCUGUGUUGAAUAACUUCUUUGCUUGCUUUUUGUGGUGUGCGUAUGCGCGUGUCGGGGCAGUUGGGCAGAAGGUUAAAGGUCCCAUGGCAUGCCACCAGGUGUGGUGUGAUUGGCCGUUAACAAGCCGUUUUGGAAAUCUGCCCCUUAUGACAUCACAGGUCGGUGUGUCCACCUAGAUGUGUGCUGGAUAGAUCAGUCUACCAGCCUUCCCAUUGGACUGUAGCAAACGUUGUUCAUCUAUCCGUCCCACAUCUAGGUGGACAUGCCCACCUGGGAUGUCACCCUCUGCCUCCACACUCUCCCCCUGUAGCCCCUGUAGCUGGGAACGUCUGCGGAAACACGCACGUUCGUGGACGGUGCUCCGCUUCGGCACAAAAUGCUCGUUGAACUUGUUAAUAACCUCAUUGUGGUCAUCAUCCUCAUGGCCUCAGAACGUGAACGUGCUAAAUAUCGGCUCUGCAUCUUUGCCCAAAGCAUACAAUAGAGUGUUUACUUGCUCAUCGUCGUUCUCUUGGUUGAGUUUUUCUGCAAUCCGAUAACGAGAGAAACGCUGUCUCUGGCCAGCCAGGCCCCGGGCAGGGUGAAGUCAAAUGGGUCCGGCGCGCAAAACUUUUCCCUUUUGCUGCUCUCUCACUCACUCUCUCUCUCUCUCUCUCUCACUCACUCACUCACUCACUCACUCACACAGCCAGUUUAACUCCAACGUACUACAAUGUGUUGAAACACAAGACAGUGUAGUGACGAGUGGUUCUUCAAUACUCUGAGUGAAUUUGUAAUUGAGUUGCUGUGGGGAAAGGAGAACAAGCCUAUCUUGAUGAAUCCUUCAUUAUGUUGUGUGUUCACUAACAGGGGUAGGGUUCGUGCUGGAACUUUCUUCUUCUUUUCUUCGUUUAACUUGGUGUGUGUGUGUGUGUGUCUCGCUGCAGUUCAGAAGGUGAACUGCACCGAGGAGGAUUCACCGCCCCCUUGUGGUUCCACAUGCAUUAACUUUGAUACGUCUUUGAUAUGUCGUUCAUCAAAUAGGAACCUGUAUAUUCA